AUGGCGCAUGACUCCUUACCGGUGGGAGAGAACCUCAUCAGAAGGCGAAUAGUCGACUCUGCAGUCUGCCCCCACUAUGGAGCUCCGGAAUCAACAGCCCAUCUUUUCUUCUCGUGCCCCUACGCCGCAGGAAUUUGGGCAAGAGCCCCCCUUGCAGUGUGUCUAAACCUGAAUAUUGUGAAUUCGAUUGGGCGAACGAUCACUGCUCUGAAUAAGCUAAAUUGCCUCCCCCCUUCAGGCAUAACCGGACCACUGGCCCCGUGGAUCCUUUGGGCGAUAUGGUCGGCCAGAAACCAAUUGAUUUUUAAGAAGAUAUCUAUUCCCGGCUAUGAUUCCCUGACUCUAGCAAUUAUCGGAGCAAAAGAAUGGCAUGAGGCGCAAGGUAUGACACAUGGCUCUGCCCCACCAACUCGUAACCAGCCCUGUGGGAUCAAACCACCACCCGAUACUGUUACGAUUCAUACGGAUGCUGCUUGGAUGGAUUCUGGGCAAGCCGGGUUGGGGUGGAUCUUCACGGAUAGCCAAAACAGAACUUGCUCCACCGGGUCGAUGGCAUGCCGCCAUGUCCGAUCCCCGUUGAUGGCCGAAGCCCUGGCAACUCUGACUGCGGUCCGAGUUGCAACUGAAUCGGGUCUAUCCAACGUUCUCUUCGCUUCUGACUCGUUGAUACUAGUCAAAGCCCUUAAUUUGGUGCUUCCUUCUAAGGAACUCCACGGGAUUCUCCACGAUAUCCUUGAGUUAUCUUCUAAUUUCAGCUCCUGUUUUUUCACUUUUAUUUCUAGAGAACUGAAUCGCCGAGAUGAUACUCUGGCAAAAGAUGCUCUGUUCCUUGUAAGAAACUCAGGGUGA